AUGGCCGGGGAUGAGAGGAGGGGCGGAGGAGAGGCGCGGUCGGCCCCGGCAGCCGGCGGCGGGGAUCUGCUCGUCCGUCGAGAUGCUCGGAGACGCCACCGCCAGGCUGCUCGUCCAUCGAGCACACACCGAGCCAGGGACGUCGGCGAGGAAGUGUCGUCGCUGAGUUGCUCGUCCACCGCGGACUCCUUUCUCGCUCAGAUCCCAGGCGAGAGCGCGAGCAGGACGGGCGGCCCUCAUGGAUCCCAGGCAGGACAGAUCCAAGGCAGGGCGGUGGAGGGCUACGGCGGCCUGGGGGACGGCAACGAGCAGCCGACCUCGUGGCCUCGGGGAGCAGCGCCUGUGUGGAGGGCGGCGGCGCCUAGGGUGGAGGGUGCGCCUAGAGGAGGGUGGCAGCGCCUGGGGUGGAGAGCGCCUCGCGCUCGCCGGAGGAAGCCGCCUAGAGAGGAGCUCGCCGGAGGAAGCUCGCGCUCGCAUGGAGGGGAGCUCGCCGGAGGAAGCUCGCGCAACCCUAGCCAGCAACGCCGGGACGAGCGAGCGCCGGAGUGUGGCGGAGGGAGGAUGAGCCACGCCGGGGGGAGGGGGAGGGAGGGAGGAGGAGCUGCGCCGCCGUCGGCAGCUGCGCCUCUGCCAGGCCGUGAAACCAUCUACAGGCCGCGACUUCUCGUCGGAACGGGUCGAGCGAACGGGUGA